AUGAUGAAAUCAUCAACGACAAGCGAAACUGGCUCUUUGCCUUCUAGUAAUGAAUCAAGUGAUGUUACUACCUCGUCCUUCCUUCAAUUUAAUCACCACCAUCAUCAUCACCGUAUGACUCCAUCAUCAUCACCGUCUCCAAUUCAACCUCAGCAAGGUGAAACUUUGUUUUGCGUUGCUUCUCCAUUACCGACACACAGAACCCAUACUGGAUCUCCCAACACACUACUGAACAAUGAAGCCACAACCACCACUCGCAAUAAUAAUACCACCACUGGCCGCAACAAUUGUAGAAUAAUACCUUCCUCUCUUCUAACUCCUCUUCAAACUGACAGUAGUAGCGGCAAUAUCUCCUCCCCAGCACAGCAUCUUUGUAAUAACAUCAAAACCCCUUUCUCCUCAUCAUCAUCACCUUUAACCACUUCCAUCAACUCCUCUUCCACUGUAGACGUACUUUCUCUGCCAAGUUGCUCUCUAAACAAUAACGAAGGCUCUUCCUUUAAAGAUCAUGGUCUCAACUGCUCGAGUAGCGACUGGAAAGACAUUAGAGACAUUCUGUCAGGUGAUGACGAAUUUUGUAUGUUGGCUCUCUCACCGGACUUUAUUUCGACCGAACAGCACAAAAAGGAGGCCAUAUUGCUCAGGAAACAAAGCGAAAGAGUGUUUAGAUAUAUGAUCAGCUCCUUCUUCCAAAAUCGUUCCUUCAAAGUUGCAAUGGAACACAUGGAAAGUUUAAUUAAUCCAAAGAAAGACUCUUCUCAAAAUUCUGCCUCUUUGGAUAGUGAGACGUCAAGGCCUGAACACAUCUCAACAAAUGCUUUCUUCCUAUUUUUCAAAUUCUAUGCGAGAGCUUUGUUUUUGCAGCACCGAAUUGAAAACCCUGAUUUUUACUUGAAUUCGGAUGAGUUUAUGAGGCAUUCUAUUAACGACCUGACCACUGCCAUAGAAGUUUAUGAAAAUGGUGAAACGUCUCAACAUAGCUCUCCUUCAACUAACAAUAAUUUCAACCUUUUUGGGCUUUGUCAUCAAGUGCCUUGUGGAACCAGUACUCAACCAAGCAAGACUGAUGACUCCACUCCAACUCAAAAGAGAAAACUCUCUCAAUUUCUGAGCUUGGACGCAGAAGAAUAUUCGCCCCUAUUGGAGACAGUAGAUUGUGAGGAAUCUAAAUUGAAGAGAAGAAAGUUCAACAUGGCCGUAUUGUCUUCAAUGAGUGUUGACAAGAGCCAAAAAGAAAUUAAAGAGCUUUUCCAUCCUUGUUUGAGAAGAUUCUAUGAACAAGUGAAAGACAAGCUUUCGCUAUUCAGAGAUUACAUGAAAAGAGAGAAAUGCCAAGAAAGGACAUCCAUGGAUGACGCUAUUCUAGGAACUGAGCUGGUUUGUAAAUAUAGAGCCAAGGAGUCAUAUGCCCACUUUUUGGAAUCUGUACAAAAGAAUCCAUACAACUAUCACGCCUAUUUCCAACUAUUGGAAGUGUUUAGAUUAAUGGACAAGAACAUUGAGACAAUGAAAUGGCUUAGAAUAGGAAUUGUCAGAUGUGACGAAGAGCUACAAAACUUGCGAGCCUUGCUUGAGUUGUCAGAGUCCUCUUUGAUGAGCAUGAAGAGCUAUCCAAAAGGUAUUGAGCUGAUCUCAACUUUUGAAACCCUUAUCAAAAAGACAGAAGCCGUUCGAGAGGUGUUCUUUGGGUGCCUCCAUCACUUCACUCAUAACACAAAUCCAAAUGAUCAUUUCUUUAGUGCUACCGACAAGGAUCCGCAAUGUUUUUACGGCCAUUACUUUAUUGGCAUGCUAACAGGAUUUAACAAACUUGUACCUAGAAAUCAUACAGCACCAAUUCAUUUCUUGGAUGUCUCGCUGGCGGCCAUUCGAGAUUCUCACGCCUUUGGUUUUAGAGGUAUAAUACCAUCCACGAUCUAUCCAGAGACUGUUGAUGCUGAAAUGACCUAUGGAAACUCGAUGUUACAACCAUUUGUAUAUUACAUGAUCGGCCUUUUGAAAUGGAGAGCUAAUGAUGUCAAGUCAACGAUGGCUAACUUUAAUAAGGCUCUCGAAUGUAAUGAAAACCUAAUCCUAAUUUAUCUUAACCGAGUUACACUAUUCCAACAAACCAAACACUAUGAUAGGGCUUUUAAAGAUAACCAAAAGCUUUUAAAGAUAAUAAUGAAACACUCUCCAGUGAAAGAGAUCCGAUCAGAGUUGUCUAUGGCUUAUCUCAAUCAAGGACUGUUGUUGUUAGACAUGAAGGAAAAAAACAUUGACCUAGUUGUGAGUUGCUUAGAGAAAUCAUUCACCAUUUGUCCAAUGAAUAUUUGCGCUUUAGAUUGGCUAUGUGGUAUUCAAACGAACAGGAGAAACAUGACGUUAGAAAAAUAUGAAGAGUAUGCUGAACAAGUUUAUGAAUAUAUGGAACGACUGGAAAGGGAUGACAUGCUACGAUUUUGCAAACUCCAAGUUCACAUGUACAGGCUUUUCCAUAGCGACAAGGUCAGCAAGUGGAGCAAACUACUUCUCGGUUUUGGAAACUCGAAUAUGCGAACACAUUAA